AGCAAGUAAGCUUUGUCAGAAAUUGGUGUUGAAGGAAAGUUCUCACGGGUCGGCCUCACCUCACCUCCUCGUCGUGAUUAACGAUGCCCAGAAUACGCACAACGAGGACGAAGAAGCCCCCAGAAGGCUACGAAGAUAUUGAAAGCAUUCUCGAUGAUUAUGCGAAGAAGAUGAGAGACGCUGAGAACGAGUCUCAUGAGGGCAAGCGCAAGGCCGAGUCCCUCUGGCCUAUCAUGCGUAUCUCACAUACACGGUCGCGUUACAUCUAUGAGCUCUAUUACAAGCGUGAAGCUAUCACGAGGGAACUUUACGACUGGCUCUUGAAAGAGGGAUACGCAGAUGCGAAUUUGAUAGCCAAAUGGAAGAAGACGGGUUAUGAGAAGCUGUGCUGCCUCAGAUGUAUCCAGACCAAGGAUAUGAACUAUCAAGGCUCUACAUGUAUCUGUCGUGUUCCAAAAGCACAGGUACGGUCAGGCACGAUUGUCGAAUGCGUACAUUGUGGAUGUCGCGGCUGCAGCUCCGACUCCUAGGCGGGGAGAUCCAUAUCAAGUCCUCACCGAAGAAGCGAAACCUCAUAGUCAGACGUUUACCUCGGAGGUGCCCAUACGAGUUAUGUCAGUCGAAGUACAUUGGGAGGACAGAUGGGGAAACUGCGGCCUGAGAUAAAAUCCGUGUUUUGUAUUCUUGCAACCACCGUUGAGUUGCUCUCCCGAUCAACAACCAGGAGUACAACAUCUGAACAUUACAAUAUUGUCAACAUGGUGAGGUUUGUAAACUUCUUGUAUUUUUCGGGCAUGUAUUUUGUGGCGUACAUGAAAAG